AUGGAGAAGAAUGAAAAACAGUCUCUGCCCGCCUCUGCGUCCUCAACAUUUCUGGAUGAACUCAACAAAAAGAACCAUUUUGCAGCCAACGGCGGCGGCAGCCAUCUCCACCCCACUGCACCGGCUGACAACGGCACCGUGGUCGCCACGGUGGUCACAGGUGACUCUGGGCCAGUGCCAGGAGCAUAUCCAGAGCGGGAAACAUGGACCCGACAAAUGGACUUCAUCAUGAGCUGUGUGGGCUUCGCCGUGGGUCUGGGGAACGUCUGGAGGUUUCCGUACCUUUGCUACAAGAACGGAGGAGUAAUGACUGGUCGUACGGAUGCAGGGAUUUGGAGGUGA